AUGCAGUUAUCCAGUGUCCGCUCGAGGCUAAAAAGAGUCUAUUUGAAUCAGCGAAGCAGGAUUACCAAAACUGCUUUGCUUGCGACGAUUGUACUGAUAUUAAUCUCACCUCUACUUCUCAAUCAAAUUAGCGCUCGGAGGUUGCGAGGUGAUGACAACUAUGUAAAUGAAAAUAUUGAGGUCAAGAAAACUCCUCUCAUCGUUGUUUGGACAAAAUAUUGGAACGAAGAUAUGCUAAAAAUGUUGAUGCCAGCUACAGAAAACUGCGCCUAUCAAUGUAAACUCAUUGAUAGGACAGAGCUAAAUAAUCAGACCGCUUCUGCUUACCUUUUUCAUGGGCCAAACAUAGUUCUAACAGAUUUACCAGCUCAAGGCCCAAAUCACCUAAAUAUUCUCAUUGCAAGAGAAUCUCCGCUCCAGUUGAAAAAGAUAAAUAGCUUACAACAGGCUUCACGCAGUUACUACAACAAUCCUUUGCAAUCACUAUUUGCAAAAGAAGAGCUUCCACGGAACUACUUUAAUAUCACUAUAACUUACAAAAGGAGUUCUCGCUACUUCUUCCCUUAUGGCCAGUUAGUGCCAAUAUCGCCAGGAGAUUCUCGUGAUUCUAUAUUCACUAAGGAAGAGGUUCGUAUCGCAUUAAAGAAAAAGAAGAACGGAGUGCUGUUCUACAAUUGUAAUACAUCUUCAGAGACUCUAUAUCUGGAAAACAUCAGGAAGCUUGGAGCUACCGAAAUCAUAGAAGAAGACAAAUGCGAACGACGCAUUUCUGCUGGCAUAAGCGCAGGAAGUGCUUUGUGCAAGCCAGAUUGCAGCAGUAACGAUCUUGUUGCUACUCAUCGAUUCUACAUCGCAUUUGAGGACGAUAUUUGCGAUGAUUUUAUCUCAGAAAAGUUCUACGAUCAAUUUUCUCAGUUGCUCGUGCCAAUUGUGCGGAAACGACGAAUUUAUAGAGACGCUGGCGUUCCGCGUCACUCCUUCAUUGCUGUGGAUGAUUUCGACAAUUUUGAAGAUUUGAGAGAAUACUUGGAACUUCUGCGUAGGAACGAUACCGAGUAUCUCAGGUAUUUUGAAUGGACGAAUGAUUUCCGGAAGCCAAAUACAUAUCGGACAGAUGUUUUAUGCAAACUUUGUGAGGACAUUCAUAACAAACGAGCAUCAAUGGUGGACGACAUUGAAAAUUAUCUUGAUGUCGAGCAGUGUCUUCUGCUCAUUGUUCAAAAAAAAUCUAAAAUCGACCUCAAGUAUAAAAAGAUGCGUUUGGAGUUCUACUUACUGCUUUUUCCCCUUCUUUCUGCCGCAGUUGAUCUGGAGUCAUGGGCGGAAGCAGCUGAAAAUAUCAAGAUCGAUGAUAUUGCUCCCGAAAUAGCGAAAGCGAAGAGCUAUGCGUUCAAGUUAGAUAUAAAACCAGUCAAUAAAAAGCGCGUACAGAAAACUCUGUCAAAGCGCAUACAGAAAGAAAUGAGCAAAGGAAUGGAAAAACAAGCCGAAGACGAACUUAAAUCUUUUGCUCAUGAAGGACCGAAAUUGUUCCAAGCAAGGGCCGAGCUGAUGCAUAAUCAACAUCAAUGA